AUGUGGUUAGAGUCACACUGGAAGAAUAUCCGCCAAACCUUGCUGCUUCUUUUCACUGCUGCUCUUCUCAUUGGGGUCACCAUGCUAGCCAUUUCAUCUAAUAUCAAUCCUGUAGGCUAUUUCUUCCUAGGUGUAGGAGGAGUGUGCCUGAUCGGCUAUUUGUUGAGUGUGUUUGUUGAAUGUUACCUGAAGCAUCAGCGCCUACAUGAUACAAAUGAGAGAGCUCCCAACAGACAGAGCCAAGCAGGGGUGAAUGCUGCCUAUGAAGCACCUACCUAUGAGGAGGUGAUGACUAUGUCAGCUCCAGCAAUAUGGACAAUUGCAUCCAAUCCGGGCACCGUGCCCUCACCACUGAAUGAGCCUCCCCCUUACAAUGUAGUUAUUGAAUCAUCUGCCCGAGGAGAGACUGUGGUAGAGACUCUCAGGGUCUCAGUGCCACCAAACAUAAGGUGCACCUCCGAGACAGACACAGGCUCCCGGAUGCACUUGCAGCUGGUGCAGCCCCCCAGGUUGCAGCGGUUUGUUUCAGACAUCCAUGAAGUGAAAGGUAUUGAAGACAGGUUUGAGCCACUGGAGCCGCUCACUCCACCACCUGCUUAUGAGAAUGCAGUCAACGAUGAGGUCUUUGAACAUGCUUUCCAACCCUCAAUAUUAUGAUUAAUUCCACCUUCUAUGAAUGCAGGACCAACCCCUCACCCCAAUGCAGGCUGCACCUGGAGGGAAGGAGAAGGAGAUGAGUCUUUUUCAUGCCUGAAUCAGUAGAAGUCUGUCUUGCCAUUCUUUGAACCAGAGCUGAACUACAGACAUAGCUUCUGAUUUCACUGGGAUCUUCGUGCAUGCUCAUGACAAUACCACAGUGCUUUGUCCUGGCAGAAGAUAUGGAAGACCACUAGGAAAAAAGCCGUGUAAUAUACAGAAGCAAUUCGGAGCCUGGGGAUACACCUUUUUGGAAGAGGUGAGUGAAUCAUGGGAAGAGACAAGGUCACCAAAGGACUGCUGAAGAACAACUGUGGGAUGCAGCCAGGAUAAGCUGGCUUGGAAAGGGGAGGAACAGAAAUAGCAAUAAGUAAGAGGAAGAUAAUAGCAGUUUCUCUCAUGUAGGAGAGGCCAACAGUGGGACACAUACACAUACCCACUGCCUGGACCACCAAUCUUCCCAGUUUUACAGGAGAAAGUAUUUCUCUAUUGUACAAUACAAAUAUUCUACAAAUUUCUCUCUACAUCGCAGAUCACUCUAGAUACUUUAUUGUCAUCACGGCUGCUGUUUUUGCAUAGAAAUGUCAAUGUUUCCAAGUUCUCAGUAACAACCCUGUGCAUGGAUGUUUUUGUUU